GGUUCGUGGAGGGUGAAAUACGUAAAAUCUCAUCAUCGUCUUGUUCAUUCGACUCCAACUGAACAAACUAGGGUUUGAGAUCCUAAAUUUUGGCGUUAUGAAGAAGAAAAUGGUAAAGGCGGGUGAGACGGAAACGAAGAAGAAAGCAAAAUGUUUCAAGGAUAAGAGGAAGAAUAUGCAAAGAUUAGGAGGAGGAAGAGGAGGCUUAUCAUUGGAAGCAUUUGCAAACGCCAAAAUCAAGACCAACACUUACAACCCUGCCAUCAUAAAAAAGCAAAGGGAGUUCUAUAAGAACGCCAAAUAUGUAAAUAAAUAUAAGAGGAUAGUUAAGCAGCAACAAGGAGAGCCUUCUGGUUCUGGUUCUGGAAGACAACUAGAGGAUGAAGAAGGGAGAAGAAAUAAGAAGAAUAGUGCUAGAAGCCUAAGAGAAGUAUAUGAGAGAAAACGCGAGGAGGAUGACAAGGCAAGGAUGGAGACAGAGGCCACUAUUCUAGCAAGGAAAGAAGAAAGGCAGAGAGCUGAAUCUCGAAGGAAAGAACUAAGGGAGAAAAUGUUCAAGAAAACCAAAUCAGGCCAACCAGUCAUGAAGUACAGAAUAGAACAUAUUUUGGAAACACUUCAAGGAUCAAAAGUAUAAG